CCCUGCCGUCCCUCUGUCCGCAGGCAGUCGCGAGGGGAGUAGGGCGCUCUCGCGCCCGCUCGCGCAGCGCCUUGGGCCGCCUCGGCCGCCGCCGCGUCCAUGACCGCGACCUCUCGGCAGGGGACACCCGCCACCGCCCCGUCCCGCGUCCCGGGCCGCGGGCUCCCGACCUCGCUCGCCCUAGCGCUCUGCCGCCGCUCGCCUCUCGCUGCCUGCCGCCCGCUCCCGCCGAGGAAGACAGAAUGGACUCCAAUGUGAGAAUGGCUGCGACUUUGGAAGAAGUUCCACGAAGGGGCUGGAUCUUGGUGAAAGCUCUGAUGAGAUUUGCCUUCAUGAUCUUCAACAACCUGGUUGCUAUUCCAUCCUACGUCUGCUAUGUAAUUGUUCUGCAGCCCCUUCGAGUGCUGGACAGUAAGCGGUUCUGGUAUAUUGAAGGAACCAUGUAUAAAUGGCUUUUAGGAAUGGUGGCUUCCUGGGGAUGGUUCGCUGGAUAUACAGUGAUGGAAUGGGGGGAAGAUAUUAAAGCAAUUUCAGAAGAYGAAGCUAUGAUGUUGGUAAACCAUCAGGCAACAGGAGAUGUGUGCACACUGAUGAUGUGCCUACAGGACAAAGGACGGGCUGUUGCUCAGUUAAUAUGGUUGAUGGAUCAUAUUUUUAAGUACACCAACUUUGGAAUUGUUUCUCUAAUUCAUGGAGACUUCUUUAUAAGGCAGGGAAAAUCUCAUCGUGAUCAACAGCUGCUGCUUCUCAAGAAGCACCUAGAAAAUAAUUAUAGGAGCAGAGAUCGAAAAUGGAUUGUUUUGUUUCCCGAAGGGGGCUUCCUCAGGAAGAGGCGAGAAACAAGUCAGGCAUAUGCCAAGAAAAAUAACUUGCCAUUUCUUACACAUGUCACUUUGCCAAGAUUUGGUGCAACAAAAAUUAUUUUGAGUGUACUUGUAGCACGACAGGAAAAUGGAAGUCAAGCAGGAGGAGAUGCUAAAGAAUUAGAGAACAAAUCAAAAGGCCUUCAAUGGAUAAUAGAUACAACCAUAGCAUAUCCCAAAGCUGAACCUCUAGAUAUUCAAACUUGGAUCCUUGGAUACAGGAAACCAACAGUCACACAUGUCCAUUACAGGAUCUUUCCAGUUAAAGAUGUACCCCUGGAGACUGAUGACCUUGCCAAUUGGCUUUAUCAACGCUUUAUUGAAAAAGAGGACCUCUUAUCACAUUUUUAUAAAACAGGAGCCUUUCCACCUGUCAAGGGUCAGAAGGAAGCUGUUUCCAGGGAGAUGAACCUCAGCAACAYGUGGUUAUUUCUUAUAUACUCUUUUGCAGUGUUGUCAGCCUGUAUGUGGUACAACAUCAUUGAGUAUUUUUACCAUUGCCUAUUUUAGGAAUUGACUUGGACUUGUCAAGGUCACCAUAGGAGUUCAGACUUUCAUGAGUGUGCAUUAUUUUACAUGUGCAAAUCAGAAUAUAUAAAAGAAGCGAAGGAAAUUCAGUGGAUGAAUUAAUAUUUAUCCCCCUUUGGGAUAUUUUAAAACUCUAUUAAAAUGAGGAUCAGUAAUAUAAUGACCUGCUGAUAUAUUUUAAGAACUUUUCAUGUUUUAAAGAGAUACAUUCUACCACAUAUAGGCAAACAUCACAUUUGGAGAAGAGGAAAUCAUAAAAAUCAUCCUGAAAGACUGUCUGAAAGAAACUGUUGCCACAGGAUCUACCUGGUCAUUUAGUUCAAGCUCAGAAUUACACCUCUCCUAGCUAGCAGUCCCUAUUAGAGCAGUGCGCCACAGUGCCCACAUCUCCACCCAUUUGGGCUGUGGUUCUAGUAGCCAUGAGGGGAGGGAGCUGGAGGCACCUCCCAAAGAGUGUUUUCCCUGUUGCUUGAGGUAACAAACUUCAGUCCUUAGCACCUGACCAGGUGCAGUGUUGAUAUUCUCUGUGGGGAGGAACCAGUGUCCACUGAACACCCCCUGGCAUAGGCUCUGAUUUUAUGAAGGCUAGCUCAGUCCAGCACCGUGUUUACAUGYGCUAGUGCUUUCCUUUCCACCAGGGUAGGGUGGGGUGGGGGCAGCACCCUGUUUCUCUUUUUGUAUAGAAGGCAUACUAUAGAUUGAUAAUUGUAUUUUACAAAAUGCACUUUUACCAGAUGCCAAUAUAACAAAUGAUAGUAACAUAGCCUGAAGACAAAAGUAAGCCUCGUCAGUGAGUCGGCUUCCCCAGGGGCUCUCCUGUCUCUGCAGUUUUGCCCGCAGCUGCUGUCCAGCACCACCCUGCAUUGGGCAUCUCCCUGACAGGGUGACCCUAUUUGUAACUAGAGGCUCCCUGCACCCCUCUUUGACAUAGUAUCACUAAAUGCAUUUGGGGAUGGAUGAACAAAUUAACAUAAAACAUUUAGAUGAUAAAUUUAAGGGAAAAUAGACUAGUUCAUUAGGAAAACAAGAGCUAGAGCCAGACAUUGGCUUCUACUGGUGACUGGUUCUCAAGUGGCUCCCCUCCAUAUCUGUAUAGACAGCAGUGUGUUCCAGCAUUAUAUCAAGGAGCUGCCCCUCUCAGGGUUGGUGUAACCAGGAGAGGCCUGCACAAAAGGCUUCCCAGUCUCUUCCAAUUGCUUUUGAAGAGGGUAACAUCAAGUUUCUGUUAUUUCUAGAAAACUUUUUUUUUUCCUUUUGGUCAAUAUGUUUAUGUGAUGUACCUCACAGGAGAACCAAACUCUUCUCAAAAAAAUGCUGGCCCUACAUCAGUGUUGAAAUAGAGAAUGUUUUCAGUUUAGGGUUGUAAGAUUAAGAUCUAAUAAGUCCGUGGUAGUUUUCUGUGAUUUGAGCACUAUAGACUCCCCUGUUGUCACAAAUUACAAAAAUAACAAUUCUGAAAAGUAAGCUGUAAAAUAAAAAUAAAGGCUAAUGUUUCUGUUUUCCAGUGAACCAAAAAAAAGAUGUGAAUUUUCCCACAGUUGUGUGGGAAAGAUAAAGCAACACCAAAUAAAAGCCCACAGCAGCUUCAUCUUUAGGAUAACUCAAUAUAUGUGAAGGGAAAGGAUGCAUUAACUGAAAUACCUCAUUGAAUAUUAUAUUAUACUAUUAAAGUGCAGAAAACAGUUUUGAUAUGUUUGGUUUGGUAACAAUUGUUAUAAAAUGCAAUUUUCUUGAAACUGAAGCAUUUCAUUAUGUGUUCUACAGUGACAAUGAGUAAGUGAGACCAGUCUCACUUGUAAGGUGUCAGUGAUGAUAGGAAGCCAAAGAGAAGCUCAGUGAUGCUUCUGGUUGAGAUCCAGCAAACAUUACUUAAUUACAAGAUGAAAUGAAUUGUUCAUUUGAGAUAUUAGCCAUCUGGGGAGAGGUUGCUCACUCUUAAAAAAUAGUUAUGCAUAGUCCUAGCUUGUAGACCUUUCCCUCAUUGCAAAGCAAGUCACAGGGUAGAGUGAACAGUUCUCCUAUUUUUWAAAAAAAAAAAAUGUAUACAUAAAUGUGGCUUAGAGCCAUUUUUGACAUCGCUGUGCUCCAAAGGAACGUGACACUGUUAAAUUUACUGUACACAUUAAACUUUCCUGUAAGAUGCUUUAUUUUUCAAGUGCAGUAUCAUUUCCACAGUCUUUAUAGAUGUGAGUUAAUUUUUGAAAAUUGAUCCAUGAGUUGUAAAUAGAUGUGUAUUUGAUCUGCCCUGCCCCUCUUUGAUUCUUUCUAAUAUGUUCUUUCUCUUCCGUUUGCAAAUGUAUUUGUUUGAGAGCCUUGAUAGUGCUUUCCUUGUCAGUAACUGGAGUUCACCUGCUGUACUAGGAAAUAUAAAGAGAAAAAUCAGUGUUC